AUGUCAUCCGAACCACUGUCAAGCCCUUCCCCGUCGAACCGGUCAGAUCUGAUUGGGCGUGUGGAGUACUCGUCUUUACCACCCGCAUCAUCCCAAGGAACCUCGUUGCCGACGACUCCAUCACCUCGUCCUCGCGAGUGGGCGAAAUGGCCUGGAUUCGAGCGCUAUACUGGCGGCCAGGAUACGAGGGCGUGGUGGCAGCAAUACGGGUAUCGUGUUGAGGACCGGUCCACCUCGCGCCAGGGCAACAGGCUGAAGUGGAUCUGCGCGGAUUGCUUCGCCCGAGGCUUCAAGAAGAAGUCAGACUUCUGCUUCGUCUGCUCAACAGGAGCCGCUACCAAGAAGCACCUUCGUAACGCCCACGGAAUUCUGGCCCCACACGACGUUGCCGGAGGCGUGCGAGCCUCAUCUCUAGAUGGCCGGCCCAUCACCCACUUCAUUGGUGCCGACUUCAAUAAUCCGCACGACCAGUUCCUUGUCAGCAAGCUGCGUGGAAGAUUCAACAGCAAGGCUCCGGUCAACAACCCAGACACGGUCGGCUACUUCACGCUGGACAAUGCUGCCAACAAUGACACCUGCAUGGAAGACCUUGCCUUUGAGCACGGCUUCUCACCCGAAGAGCGACGGAUCCGCUGCGCUGCACAUAUCCUCAACCUCUGUGUGCGGGCAAUGCUGUACGGUUCGAAGCAAGAGAAUUUUGCUGCAAUUGUUGCUGCCGAUGGGGACGAUCUAGAUGACGACGAGGAGCAAGUUGAUCAAGCUAUCGACGAGGCCCUAAAUGGAGAGAUGAAGGACGGUACGGACGAAGACCCAGGAGCAAACACUGCCGUUGACAUCCCAGAAGAGGACCUCACAUCGUCUCACCCGGCUCCGGACGAGAUCAAUGCUGCCAGCUUCAGGAGUACAGCAGUUCUGCAGUACCGCUUAAGUGCGUACGACUGGAAAGUUAUCGAGGUACUUGUCAAGCUUCUGAAGCCGUUCGAGAUUUCCACCAAGCAACUUCAGGGCAGUGGUGUUCCCGGCGGUAGGUCCACAUGUGGCAGUUUCGAUGAAUACUUCCCCGUCUUUGAGAUUUUGCUUGACCACCUCGAAAGUGCUAUCGAAGGCACAAUCUUCGAAGAGGUUGAGGAUCCAGUGACUAGGGAGAAGAAGGACGUCGAACUCGGAUGGAAGAAGCUGCAUAAAUAUUACAGCCGUCUGACUAGCGCUGCAUAUGUCGGGGCUGUUGUCUUCAAUCCUGCGAAAAAGUGGCGCCUUCUCGAUCAACUGUGGUCUCGAUAUAGGGAGCGCGACGUUGACAACGAGAUCCUCGCUACGUCUGAUGAGGCCUCCAUGGAUUACAUUGAGCGGAGACUUGCUAGGACUGUAGCUGCGCCGCCAUUCAACCAGGGCUCGUUCGGAGCAUCAGGUGCCCGCAAAAGCAACCGAAAGACGAAACCGUCUACGGCGGGAGCGACUGGUGAUGACAAAUAUGCUCGAUAUUGUGCCGAGGACGUCGUCAACAGCCGCCACUACAGAAGCAGACCGAUUGACUGGUGGAAGAUCAACCGGAGCCGAUAUCCGCGACUGUCUCUGAUGGCAGUAGACAUGCUUACGAUUCCAUCGACGUCCGCGGAAAGCGAGAGGACGUUUAGCAGCGCAGGACGUAUGACGGCACCAUUGAGAAGCCGGCUGCGGAGGAGAUCGUAG